GCAGCAUGGCCACGGGCGAGGUUCGCGUCCUCCGGCCCUUCAAGCUAAUCGCCCUCGUCUGCCUGCUGGUCGCCCUGGCGCUGGACGUGGUGGCCCUAUUGAGCCCCGCCUGGGUCACUUCGGAGCGCGGCUCGCUGUCGCUGUGGGAGGCGUGUAAACGGGCCCCGGACGUGUGGCACUGCCUCAUCACCUUGAGGACAGUUUUAGACACUAAAGGACUGGCUUGCAGCGUGGUAUUUUGGACUGGCAAGUGGCUACUCUGGUGUUAAUCCUGACGGCAGCCACUAUCAUCUUGCUGUCGUUCCUUGCCUCCCUGGUUUCCUUCUGCC